AUGGCGGGCAGCAAGCAAACGUGGCACGGAACGCCAAGUGGCCGCCGCUGGUCCAUUGACCCGACGGCGAUUCCUUCGCCCAUUGCGCUGCGCUCUCUGCCGCCGUCCGCCAUGGAAACUUACUCGAUGCUCUCCAGCGACGAUCGCGACGAUCAUCACGCUGGUAUAUUUGAGAAAUCGCUCUAGCAGAUCCACGAAAAAACAAUUACACAAGACAAUAAAACUGAAAUAUCAAUUAACUCUCGUCCAAAAAAUUAUCAAAGCGAAAAUAAAGAUAAUUAUGUCGAAUAUAAAUUUACGUUUCAACAAUGGAUUUCUAAUUUUUUCACAUUUGAGUUGUUAAUUUUUUGUUAUACCACAAAAAAAAGAAUUCUGAAAGUAAAUGGCGACUAAAAACUCGUUUAAGUGUCUAGAGCAAGUUUUUAAUUUUUUUCCUUGCGCACUGUUUUAAUUUUUUUAAUAUUUCCGUGAAUAGGAUCUGACCUCAAAAACAUGGUAUUUAAUAUUUUUUUGCUUAUUUCGAUAAGAAGUUCAGUAAAAAAAGUUUUUUUCGAACAAAAAAAGAUUCUUAUUUUCGUGAUUUGGGGAAAAAUUUCGAACUUAAUGACGGUUUUCGCAAAUCCUUUCACCUUCAAGGUUGUCAAAUUGAAUUUUUUCAGUUAUCCAUUCAAUCUAAAAGUCAUUUUCUCUAGUAUCUUUUCACAUCUUUUUUCACGAUGUGGAAUUCAUGGCUUGUGACUGUUUGCUUCCUCUCUUUUUAUUGAUUCUCUUUCACAAACGUGAGAACUAUUUCCGUUCGUUGUUUCAAUGAAAAGAAAUGGUUUUGGGAGAUGUUUUUAAAUAUUCGAAGAGUAUGAGUAGUCUCCCUUGAAAUUUUGGACACCAAACUCGAACAACUAAUUUAUGGACUGUUGUUUUUUUUUUUCGUCUUCCGGUUUUUUUUAACAAUAGUUGAGCAUUCUUCGAACAGGAUAGAAAUUUAAAAAAAAAGCCAAAACAAGCUGGUAAUUAAAAACGUUUUUCAGGUUUACACACUCGGUUCACGUCAAAAUUACUGUGUCUUUUUCAGAACCUCCUCUGUUUGGAACGAAUCGGAACAUCGGCGCUUCGCUUUCAUCUUUAAAUGACGCAAGGUAGCCCUCUCAAAUCUCCCCUAAUCGUUUUGGAUCCUGCGCUUCAAACCGCGAAAACAAUGCAAUUCUCUUCAGAGAAAGAGAAAAAAAAAACAGUAGAAAAAAGCUUUCAUGGCUGGCUCAUAGGUCAAAAAAGCCUACGAGCAGAAUUUCCAGCGUUUUUAUUCUAUUUUUCUGUUCUGAAGAAUUCAUCAAGAGUUUCGGAUGAAGCCGUUGCGCCGCCAAAGCGAAUAUUCUUAUUUUUCUUCAGUUCCACACAGGUUUCUCACAAGUCUUUUGUUUUUGUCUUUUAUCAUUUAAGGGCAACAUAGGUGGGGUGGAAAUAUUAAUUUGUCACGUAAUCUUAGAAAAAAAAUAUGGUUUUUAGGCUGCAGUUAUCAAUGAAGCUAAGCAACUAACUUUUCUUUUUUUUUUCAAAAUUUUUUCACUCUUUCGAGUUUUUGAAAAAAAAAGUUGCGAAAAUGAGAAAUUGAGCCAAGUCAGUACUGGUGUUUCGAAGUGAAUCAAUAACUCUGUGCAAACGAAUUUUGAAUGAAGGCUUUUCUUGUCGCCUUAUGUUUUCCAUUACUGAUGGCUUACUUCUUGCUGAUUGAUUUUCAGAUACUUUUUCACGUGACUCAGGCUUUGAUUUGAAUUGUUUCAGGGUGCAGUUCGCACUCACUCAGACGCCGCCAAUGGGAGGAGCUGGAGGAGCUGGAAGCAACGUGGUCACGUCCAACACCCAAAACACACUCUCUCCGGUCCUCCACUGUUUUUCCAAAGAGUGAGCUGCUUUUCUGGAAUAUUAAGCUUUUCUGAGUCUGGUAUAGUAUGAUGGUCCGAUCACGUUUGAAAAGCACAUCUGAAAGAAAAAGCUACCGUAAUCACGGUUUUUUUAUACUUCUGCUCUGGAGAGCUCCAAAAAAAUUGAUAGCAAAAAAGGAAGGUCUUGAAGCGAAGUUGGAAAUUGGCCCACAGGCACGGUUUUAUGUAAAAAAAAAAAUUGAAAAGAAAAUAUCAAAUUUUUUUUCUCAAAGUUUGUUCGAGCCUUCCUUCUUUCAAAAUGAGAUCGAUUUUGUUUUUUUUUCCUAUGUGGAGGUGUCAGAAAACCUUUGCAGAUUUGAUCGUUGGGUUAUUGUUUAUGAAGUUCGGUGAAAGUAGAGAUUAAUUGUGUCGCGAACAGAGGCAUCGCGAGAGAACCGAAACGAAGGAGAAUUGGGUUCCCACAUUCGUCAUUCCUUACAAGUCGCCGCUCCCUCCCCUUUUCUGUUUGACUUCUGUAGGGCAUGUGGGGGUCAACUUGCAUGCUUUCACACGGAUUCUCCAUGUCGAACGUCGAACUCAAUGCCGUCCACAGUUUUUUGGCUGAAGAGUGA